AUGGGGGAUCGAUGGUGGGUUCCUCACUCUACGGAGGUCUGGGGCGUGGCAGUAGCUGCGGCGGACAAUAACAAGUACAGGCUCGUUGAGGUCACGGACGAAGGCACAGAUCGAGGAAAUCUGUCUGUCACGGUACCGAAUUCAGAUCUAGCUAAGGUGGCUCCUAUUACAGACUCGAGAUCCCUCGAAGGGAUCAGAAACGUGUGUGAUCUAGGUGACGUUUCUGAGGCGUCCGUUCUCCACACAGUUCGCAUACGAUAUCAGAAGGAUGAAAUAUACACGAAUGUGGGGCGCAUUGUGUUAGCACUCAACCCCUUCAAAUAUCUCCCUCUAUAUGGUCCUGAUUUCGUUCGGGAUUAUUUCCAUGCCCCGCACGCUUUUGAUCUGGCGCCGCACCUCUUUCAAGUCGCGGCAGCUGCUGUCAAAGGCCUUUCAGAGCGAGGGAAGCCGCAAAGCACGUUGAUAACCGGUGAAUCAGGCGCUGGAAAAACGGAAUCAACGAAACUCAUUCUCCAGUUCCUUGCUGACGUGACGCAAGGGCGCGAGGCAACAUCGCUGCAGCAGAGAAUCUUGGAGAUCAGUCCGGUGCUGGAGAGCUUCGGAAAUGCCUCCACAAGCCGAAACCCCAAUUCGAGUCGAUUUGGAAAGUGGAUUGAAGUGUAUUUCGCGGAGAAUCUAAAGGUCCUAGGCGCAACAAUAACCUCUUAUCUUCUCGAACUCCCGCGUGUAACACGCCAUAUAACAGGGGAGAGAAGCUAUCAUGUGUUCUACCAGCUGGUACACGGCCUCAGCACAUCCGAUCUAGUAGGUGUAGCGGAGGCGUAUCAGCUUGGUACGGACCCGUCGGCCUUUUCUUAUCUAAUGCCUCAAGAACCGGUCAUGACAGGGAAAAAUGCAACUGCAGAGAAGACGGCAUCCCACCCUCCUGCGCAUGAAGUGGACGAUCUCGCUGGCUUCUCCGAGCUAAAGCGGGCCCUGCUGAUUCUUGGCUUCACUCCUUCGACCCAGAAUGCGAUCUUUUCUAUUGUUGCUGCCAUUCUCCACCUCGGCAAUGUCGCGUUUGAUCCGGAUGCAGCAGGCGAGAAAUGUGUUGUGCUGGGAGCCACACGCGACCACCUCGCAACGGCGAGCGAAUUGUUGGGUCUAGACGUAUCGAUGGUGGAAGGAGCAUUGACGAGCCGGAAAAUGAAGACAGGAAACGAAAGCAUCCUCAUUCCUUUGAAAGUCGACCAAGCUGGAGCGGCCCGCGACAGCUUUUCCAAACUUGUCUACGGUUAUCUGUUCAACUGGCUUAUUGCGCAAAUCAAUGAUAGCCUAGCUCCAUGCCGUGGACAGAUUUUUGACGUUAACCGUUACGUGGGGCUGUUGGAUAUCGCGGGGUUUGAGAGCUUUCGGGUCAACGGCUUUGAGCAGCUCUGCAUAAACCUAUCGAACGAAGAACUUCAGCACCACUUCAAUGCAGAUAUUUUCCUCAACGAAAUCAGCGACUAUGAGAAAGACGGAUUAAAGGGAGUAUCUAUAACGUUCGAAGACAAUGCAGACGUGUUGCAGCUUAUUGCUGGAAAAGGAGGAAUAAUCGCGACUCUAGAUGAGGAGGUUUUUGUCCCCAAAGGCUCCGACCAGGGCUUCCUGAACAAGUUAAACAAGGCACAAGCAAACAGCAAACGCUUUAUUCAGAACAAAAUCCAGGGAUCAAUGUCUUUUGGCAUUCGGCACUACGCGGGGGACGUGACGUAUACAGUCGACGGCUGGCUGGUGAAGGACCAGAAUGCACCUCCGCAGGAAGCGACUGACUGCCUUCAUACUUCUAAAAAUGCAAUUGUCAAAGCGGUGCUGGAGACGGCAUUAGGCCUCGCAGGUGGUGGAGCAGGACGGGGGGGCAAGAGUACUGUAGGAUCCGUCUUCAAGAAGCAACUGAACGAACUAAUGGCGAAAAUAAACGGAACUGAUAGCCACUACGUGCGGUGCAUAAAACCCAACCCAUUUCAUAAGCCGAGAGCGCUUCACUCGGCACAGAUCCUUCAUCAACUUGUAUGCUCAGGUGUGAUGGAGGCGAUUCGGAUUCGCAAAUCGGGAUUCGCCCUUCGUCUUUUUCACCAAGACUUCGUGGACCGCUACCGACUCGUAUUGGGCUCCAAGGCCGCGGUCGAUCUCCGCGCCCUUGACGCAACAGAUGCAGCUCGCGAGCUGGUGAAGCAGCUUAUUGCUAGUAAAGGCGUAUCGUCCGAGGAGUGUCUCGUCGGCCGGACAAAAGUGUUUGCCCGAUCCAACGUCCAAGAUGUACUUGAGCGUGCGCGAGAAGAAGCUAUGGUGGAGCCAGUCAUUCACAUUCAGGCCGUGUACCGGGGCUUUCGAACUCGUCAGCAAUGCAGAGUGCUGUUCGAGGUCUAUGGCCGCCUCAAGGAGUUCCUGACUGCCGGUGAAGAAGCGUAUAAGCGCGGCGGCUAUUUGACGACAAACCCGAUAUUUCCAAAUGCAGCAACACCUAAGCAUCUCCAGAAAAAAGCUAUCUUGCUGGGCGAUUUGGUCUCGAAGUUGGAAGCGCUCGACCCUGCGCUACAGCCUGGCUGUCUUCCUAGCGUGUCCAAAUACCACAUGAGAAUGGCGGCGGAAGCUGAAGUGUGCCUCGAACUGGAGCGGGUUCUGGAUCUGAUAGAGAGGCGGGUAGAAGAGAACGAGGCGAACAUACCAUCCAUGCUUCAGGCGGCUCUUCAGAAGGCAGACAAACAGAAGCUUUCCGGCAUUUGGAUUGAUGCAGCUGCCAGGCGGUUACGCCAGCUGGAAUCGGAAGCUCAGCUCGGCGACGCGCUGGAUCAGGCUCUUGAUGCGAAGGACAAAGCAGCGAUGACUCGCCUCCUUGAGGACACGAAGAAGCUCGAGGCUGCAGCUACCCCUCCUCGUCUCUUGACGACAUAUCUUGCCUCGCUAGUUGCAUCUGCGGAGGCAUUUCUGGCGAGCGAUUUGCGAGAGGAGGAGAGACUCAAGCGCGAAAGAGAGAAAGCGGAGGCAUCGCGGAAGGAAGCAAAAGAGCGGCAACAACAGGAGGCCUUGCUGAUGGAUGCGGUCGAGGAGAGGAGACGCAGCGAACGCAUGUCCCUCAUUUCCGCUGCUUCGGAGUUAUUUGCUCGUAGAAGCAUGGAAUCUAUGCAAGCACCUCGCCUACAUAUCGAGCGAGAGGUGGAAGCCGAGACAGCGUCUACUUCGGAGUCAGACUGGACAGACAGCAGCGAGGAGGAAAGCAUUGACGAUUUUGACGCUCCUUAUGCCUUGGAUGACGAGGAAGGUGGCGAAUCGCGCGCCCCCUCGUACUACUUGCGGAAGUUCCUGAGGGAGGUGGCCAGGGCGACACGGGAAUGCGACCCGGCUCAGAUAGCGUUCCUCCUCGAACGGGCGAAAGAAGCAAAUCUUGGAAAAGGGCCGCGAGAGCUCCAGCUUGCCCGCGUGCAGCUAGAGAAUUUGGGCGACCCUGCAUUCCUGAAUUCUGAGUUGAAAGAGGCUGUUGUCGGGGUCACGUGGGGGGUAGCUACCCAGGAAGAUCUCCUGAAGCUAAGGAACUUAGUGCGUCAGGCGCAGUUGUUCAAAGGAAAGACAAAACAGGACCACGCCUACGGACGAAACGCUGCCCCCGCCUCUUACGGCGGAAUUGAUGAAAAAGUGCUAGCUUCGGCAAUGGCAACGCUUGAAAGUCUAAGACGCAUAGAAGGACGGGAGCGAGAACGAGAUGAGAAGGACGAACACAUAGGCAGUGCUGGUGAGCGAGGAGAAAGAGGAAGCGCUCGGACAGCAUUCCCGUUCGAAGACUAUCCGAAGCUUCAAAUCAAUAUCCAGAUUCAGGAGACAAAGAGCAUGCGUAAAGCAGAGCGCUUGCUUUUUCGCCGAGAGGAGCUUUUGAGCCACCAGAGCGAACCUCUUGCGGAGCCGCUGCUCCGCCCCCCUGACCCGCACGCUCGUGCACUAGCGCUGAACGUUUUCCGCUCCAUUCUCGGCGUCAUGGGGGAUCGCUUCUGCGUGGGCCGCAGCGCCCUCAGCGAGGAAAUCUUGACGUUGGGCAGGAAUGCAGACGACUUGAGAGAUGAAAUCUACUGUCAAGUCCUGAAGCAGCUCCGGAACAAUCCAUCUGCAGGGAACACCCUCGCCGGUCUACGCCUACUCCAGGCCUGCUGUCAGUCGUUUCCGCCUUCGGCGAGGCUCGAGCCCUAUCUCCGAUACAGCCUGCACCAGUACUUGUCAGGCGUAUGUGCCACUGGCGGCGGGGGCUCUGGCACGGGCAUCAAAUUCCAACAAGACGUAGAGCAAAUAUGCAGGCAUGCGCUUCGAGAUUUGGAGCUUACCUGCGACCGGAAACGCGAAGAAGUUGGGGAGUAUGCAACACAGAGGACUAAACGAGCGAUCGGCGGCAGCGAAGGGAGUAGGCAAGUGCAGCGACUCUUCGUCGAAGGCGAGCGCCCCAGGGAUCUCUGCGUAGACCUCGUGACCGAACUGAAUCUCGUCGGUGUGGAUGAUUGGGCUAUCAUGGAGGAGAUUUCCGACUAUGAGGUCAAAAAGACGACCGCACGAGGCCCGCCCCCAGCAGCCUUCCGCCUUUUGCGCCACGAUCAACCUGUUCAAGCCUACAUUUCCCAGGCCAACGCUCCAGUCCACCUGUGUCUGCGUCGCCCCGUCAUCCGAGUUGACGAGGCUUUGCCCCUGCACCCUGAGACGGCAGCGCUAAUUUAUCGACAGGCGGUCACGCAGUACCAGCAACACGUGUUCAACGAGGAUCCCAUUCUCCUCUCGAAUAUCAGCGCCCACCUGCUCCAAGUGGAAGGUCUUUUGAAGCUGUCUGCGCCUCGCGUCCCGCCGUGGCCUUCGCUCAGUUGGUCGAUACCUCAACGUCUUCACUGGUUGCAGAGCGAAGCGGCCUGGGUAGCGUCAGUCUCGGAGGCGGCAGCAGGUCUCGACCCUGAGGAAGGGGAUCUUCUGGCCAUGAGCGCUGCUUUCAAGCUCAUGCAGAAACUAACUGGAUUCGGAGGCUCCGUGUGGCUAGCGGAUGCCUUCCCUCUCUUCGUGGCAGACCUCAAGCGCAGUGCGCGUCUGCAUGAAGUGGUCAAGCAGACAACUCCAGGGGCCGAAGUGUCGCUGUCGGCCUUGCUGGAAACACGUCGGACGCCGCUGGCGUUGCUGCAGCAGUGGAUGCCGGUCUUGGGGGACGGCGAGGAUCGAGAACGCAUACAGAGGAUUUGCAGUGCGUUAAGUAACAGGCGUAAGGGAACACACCGGAAGAAGGGAGAGCAAUCACGCGCCACGCACGCCUCUGCUCUCAGUGCCGACCUCAAGGGCGAGGCACCACCAAACGGAGACCAAGCGCACGGACAGAAGAAAACAAGCCGCAGGGGCCAGCUGUGGAGGACGCUGCUCUGCCGUCGAGUCGACCACGGGUCAGUUGGCUCUAACGCGGUGCUUUCGCAUGUGCACAGAGGCCAGAAACGGAACCCAGACGAUGUCUACACGCUCACAGGAAGCUGGUGGAUUGCCGUGAAUCAAAAAGGAAUCCAUAUUGCGACAGUGUUCGAUGACGAGGGGCUUGCUAUCGCGUCGGCGCCUGAUCCGGGAGCACACGCUCACGUGGUAUCUUUGGAAGAAAAACGCGAGGAAGGGCGCGAAGAAGGCACUCGUGGGAGGCAACACCAGAAAUCCCAGGAGAGCAGCGAAAGCAGGCACACAGAAGAACGGGGUGAACCAGGGGAUCUCGACGGCCGCGGACCCCCGCGGAAAGAUGUAAUCACAAACGGCGCCCGGGGAGGGGAGGCACAAGAUGACAAGAAAGGAGUGUUUACCAUUCAGCCGGAAAACCUUUGGCUUGUUGCUGCCUUGGAUUCUCGUAAUGACGCACCCGAUCGACUGCUCCUGGGCUACGACGACCCCCGGACAGGCAAACGAAGACUUGAGGCAUUCGUCUCCCGGGUGAGAAACGAGUACUUCGGAUCCAGCAAGCACAGGGUUUAG